AUAAGUUCUAAUAAGCAAAAGCCAGCACCUACUACCACUAUUAUUAUUAUUAUAGAGUGUUAAAGUAAUUAACCAAAAAUUCAAUCAUUUCAGAUUGAUUCAGUUUCAGACACUCCGAAACCAAAAACGACAUGUCGUUCUCGUGUGGGCUAGAGUGCGUGGUGUUAAUAGGUUGUUCGCGGUGGGCGUGGAAGCGGUGCACAUACAUAGGCUCAGACGACAGCGCCACGUGGCCGACAGCAACGCCAGACGAGUUCGACCCCAUCCCACGUAUCUGUCGCAUAAUCCUCGCCGUCUACGAAUCGGACCUCCGAAACCCGCAGUGGGCGCCCUCGGGCGGGUACAGGCUCAACCCGGACUGGGUCAUCAAGCGGGUCACCUACGAGCAAACCCAGGGGCAGGCGCCGCCGUACCUGAUCUACUGCGAUCAAGAGCACCGCCAGAUCGUGCUGGCGAUUCGCGGCCUCAACUUGGUGAAGGAGAGCGAUUACAAGACCCUCUUGGAUAAUCGGCUGGGGAAGCAAAUGUUUGACGGCGGCUACGUACACCACGGCCUUUUGAAGUCGGCGGUGUGGCUGUUGAAUGAGGAGUCGGAGACUUUGAAGCGGCUUUGGGUGGAGAAUGGGUCGGAGUAUGAGAUGGUUUUUGCGGGUCACUCGCUCGGGUCAGGUGUGGCGGCGCUGUUGACGGUGAUCGUCGUCAACCACCGGGACAGGUUGGGUGGGGUUCCCAGGGAGAUGAUUCGGUGCUAUUCGGUGGCGCCGGCGAGGUGUAUGUCUCUCAAUUUGGCCGUCAAGUACGCUGAUGUCAUUUACUCUGUUGUCUUGCAGGAUGAUUUCUUACCGAGAACACCCACCCCCUUGGAAGAUAUAUUCAAGUCAGUCUUUUGCUUGCCGUGUUUGUUAUUUCUGGUUUGCUUGAGGGAUACCUUCAUACCAGAAAAUAAAAAGCUUGGGGAUCCAAGAAGACUUUACGCACCUGGAAGAAUGUAUCAUAUUGUAGAGAGAAAAUUUUGCAGAUGUGGGAGGUUUCCUCCAGAGGUCAGAACGGCAAUUCCUGUUGAUGGGAGAUUUGAACAUAUUGUCUUGUCAUGUAAUGCAACAUCAGAUCAUGGAAUUGUUUGGAUAGAAAGGGAAGCAGAAAAGGCGCUACAAAGAAUGAGGGAAAGCAGUUCUGAGACCCCAACAACUCCUCCGAAGGUACAGAAACUCGAGAGGCUGCAGACUAUUGAAAUAGAACACAAAAAUGCACUGGAAAGAGCUGUCAGUUUGAAUAUACCCCAUGCUGUGAUCAACCCUGAGGAGGUACCCUCUCAUGAGAACGGACCAGAGCCUUCAGCGAGUCAUAGUGAGGAUGCCUUGGAAACAAAGUCAGUGCCCAUCAGUGGAACAAGUAACUGGGAUGAAGUGGUUGAAAAGCUUUUCAACAAGGAUGAGUCAGGAGAACUACAUCUAAAGAGCGAAGCAAAAGCUCUAAAAUAGCAGCAAUUAUUCUUUUCGCCAUUUUUGUUUCCUCAUUGUUGUAAGUUUGAGGUUAGGAGUGUUGGUAUUUGUUUUUUGGUUCUUCUCUUACACAUUUGUACAUCUUGUAGAAAGAAUUAUCAUGAUUACAUACCCCAUUUUCACCAGCCACAAAGGGAAAUACCAUUUUAGGAAAGAAAGGAAAAGAGAUACCCUAAGAAAUAUUUUAGCGGGCUUGUUGCCUAGAGUUUUUUGUACUGUUUUGAUGUUUUAUAAAUAUUGGAUUGACACCA